CGCAGAUCAGUUUCAUUUAGUUUUCCAGACAUCAGGAAAGAUUCGUGAAAUACGAACAUGAAUAAAUUUAGCUAAAAUGCAGAGGGAGGAGAAACCCAGCCUGCUGCUCUCUUUCCACACUGAGCUCAAACAAGAGAGACUGGAUUCUGAUUAUGAAAGUGGAUCUCAGGGGGAAUUGGUGGAUUCAGAGAUGACAUCAGUGAAGCAGGAAGACAAAAGUCAAACGCUCGGAAUGAAUGUUACCAUUAAAGAUGAAGAAGAGGAGAAGAAUGUGGUUAUCAUUAAAAAUGGAGAAGGGGAUUUACUCACUCAAGAUGGGAUUCCUGAAGUGAAGACUCUUGAACAGCAACAACAGGAAGACUGCAAUGAUAAGAAGUCUCAUCACUGUCCUUACUGUGAAAAACAUUUCUCAUUUCUAUCAUUGUUAAAUAUACACAUUAACAUGCAUGCUGGAGAGAAGCCUUACUCCUGUUCUGACUGUGGGAAAUGUUUCAUUAAAUCAUCUGCAUUUACUAGACAUCAGAGACUUCACACAGGCGAGAAGCCUUACUCUUGUUCUGACUGUGGGAAGUGUUUCAUUAGGUCAUCUGAGCUUAUUGUUCAUAAGAGAGUGCACACAGGCGAGAAACCUUACUCUUGUUCUGACUGUGGGAAGUGUUUCAUUAGGUCAUCUGAGCUUAUUGUUCAUAAGAGAGUGCACACAGGCGAGAAGCCUUACUCUUGUUCUGACUGUGGGAAGUGUUUCACUACAUCAUAUGAUCUUACUAAACAUCAGAAAGUGCACACAGUUGAGAAAUCGUACUCCUGUUCUGACUGUGGGAAGUGUUUCUUUAGACUAUCUGAACUUACUAGACAUCAGAGAGUUCACACAGGCGAGAAGCCUUACUCCUGUUCUGACUGUGGGAAGUGUUUCUCUCAGUUAGGUAGCCUUAAAGUUCACCAGCGCAUACAUACUGGAGAGAAGCCUUGCUCGUGUUCAGACUGUGGGAAGUGUUUCAUUACAUCAUCUGAUCUUACUAUUCAUCAGAGAGUGCACACAGGCGAGAAGCCUUACUCCUGUUCUGACUGUGGGAAGUGUUUCUCUCAAUUAGGUCACUUAACAGCUCACCAGCGCAUACAUACUGGCGUGAAACCUUACUCCUGUUCUGUCUGUGGAGAUUCUUUCCUUAGAUCUUAUGAACUUACUAGCCAUAAAAGACUCCACACAGGGGAGAAGCCUUACUCCUGUUCUGACUGUGGGAAGUGCUUCCUGAGAUCAUAUGAACUUACUAGCCAUAAAAGACUUCACACAGGGGAGAAGCCUUACUCCUGUUCUGACUGUGGGAACUGUUUUAUGACCUCGUCUCAACUUAUUAAUCAUCAGAAAGUGCACAAAGUGGAGAAACCUUACUCCUGUUCUGACUGUGGGAAGAGUUUCCUUAGAUACUAUGAACUUACUAAACAUAAGAAAAUUCACACAGGUGAAAAACCUUAUUCCUGUUCAGACUGUGGGAAGUGUUUCUCUCAAUUAGGUAACCUUAAAGUUCACUUGCUCAUACAUACUGGAGAGAAGCCUUACUCCUGUUCUGACUGUGGGAAGUGUUUCGCUCAAUUAGGUAACCUUAAAGUUCACUUGCUCAUACAUACUGGAGAGAAGCCUCACUCCUGUUCUGACUGUGGGAAGUGUUUCUCUCAAUUAGGUAGUCUUAAAGUUCACCAGCACACACAUACUGGACGUUAACCUGUCAUGCCUGAAAAUACAUGCCGAAGCUUAACUAGAAAUGCCAAGCCUUUCAGAACAACAGUAUCACCCAGAGCCAAACGCUGUUUCCCAUCAUUAGCAUAUGUAUCGGCCCUAUUAGCAUACACAUUCUACUUCGACAGCAUCACCAUCCAACCAGAGCAUCAGUACAUAUACUGAGUUAUCAUCAAACUAUAUAGAACAGUCUAAAAUAUAAUCAAUUACAGAAUUCGUUUUUUAACUAGAAAUACAUAGAACGAUUAAUUCUAAGAACACAGGCUAAAGUAUUUUCAUUAGUUUCUUAGGCACUACAAAUGUAUAAAAUGAGACACUUAAAUUAUUCCAAAAAAAUCCAUUCGAAUUUAAAUUUCAUUCUGAUGUCAAUUUGAUGUACAAGGUAAAAUAACAGACAUUAUCUACCAGUUUGCAACAACCAAAGGAUAUCCGCAUAAAUUGCUGUACAUAGGCCUAAAGCACGGUUGCUUAAUAAACACAAAACAUUUCAUAGUAACACAGGCUCCAACUUGUUCAUAGAAAUAAAAUUGAUAGAUCCAAGGAUCUGUUGCCUCCAAGUAAAACAUUGCAGUGUUUUAUUCAAUGAAUUGAAUUUGUAAAUUUGAUUAGCAGAGUAAAAGGAUGAUUGAUCUACAGUAGGCUACACUAUCAGGGAGCCUCCUGUGAUCCCGCCUCCCUUCAGGGAAGCUUGACUACAUGGCUCCAUGUCGCCGGUCUAUUAGCCACCUGUCCAUUCUUCCAGCUGCUAGCACCGCAGUCACGGAACACCCCAGACCCUCCACCACUACACACACCUGUUCCUCAUCAUCCCGGAUUUCCAUCAUUACACACACCGGAUCCUCACUACUACCGACUGUAACUGCCCUUGUGUUUAUUGGGGUCUUUUGAGGAUUCUCUGCUAGUUGUCAAUGUGUGUUCGUUGUUUUUCUUGCCUAGUGCGCUUGUUCCUUUGUGUCAGUUCUAGCUGUUUAUGCCUUCAUUGUUUGUAUUACACAUUAUCAUUUUCAGCCCAGUAAACCCUUAUUUCACCGUUCAUCCUGCGCCUGGGCCCCUUGUUUACCACACAGUGACAUAAAUAAUGAAAUUUAACCCUUAAAUUCAAUUAGCAGAGUAAAAGAAUGAUCAAAGGAUAACUAACAGUAGUGUCACGCAGUGGCAUUUCAUUUUGUGAAUAAUUAUUUUGUAUUUUUUUAUAUUAUCAGUGCAGCAUUUUUGGCCUACUAUGAGAUGUGUUUAAGGUGUGUGUGCUUUUACCAUAAUUAAAAUACCAAUGGUAAAUACAGUAGUGAGCUUUGUGUUUUUUUACGUUAACAUGAACCAAUUUGAUUUAAAAAACAUCUUUGGUAAUUGUCAUGGAACCUUAUUGGCAUAUCCAACAGCAAUUUUUAAAAACAUUGUACUGAUUCAUAAUUUGAAGUCAUCAAUGUUUAUGAUGUUUAUUAGUGACAUAAAAAUUUAAGCUAGCAUGUCAUUAAUGAUCAUUUUUGAAAUUUCUGGGAAAAUAUUCAUAUUUUCAGGGAGUAGUUUAGUGAUACGACCCCCUGUUAUCGGCCACCGUCCCCAA